AUGGCUGCCAGAUUCACCACUGCCAGGAUUGCUCCACCAGGAACAAGCAUGUAUCCGUCACGAUCCUUUACUGACAAGCUACAGCCACGACCGUACAACAACCAAGGCUAUCUGCAAAACGGUGGCAGUAGCUUGCCGCCCGGUGCCGCUCCGCUUUUACCGAAUCAGGGACGAGUUAUUCAAACGGGGCCUAUUCGAGUUCUUUGCAUUGCCGAUGUUCGAGGCAACUUAAGAUCGCUGAACGAACUCGCAAAGCAAGCUCGCGCCGACCACAUCAUUCAUACUGGUGAUUUCGGUUUCUACGACGACACAUCACUGGAUCGUAUUGCCGAGAAGACCCUCAAGCAUGUCGCCCAGUACUCUCCUCUGAUCCCCGAUCCGGUCAAGAAGGCAAUCCAACAAGGUGGAAAUGGCCCUGUCAAAACCCGAUUCCCUGCCAGCGAUCUCCCCCUGUCCGAACUCCCGAUGUUGCUCAGUGGAGAGGUGAAGCUUGAUGUUCCUGUCUAUACCGUAUGGGGUGCCUGUGAGGAUGUUAGAGUUCUGGAAAAAUUCCGAUCGUCCGAGUAUAAGGUUCCCAACCUUCACAUCAUUGACGAGGCUCGCUCUAUGCUGCUUGAAAUUGGUGGGGUCAAGCUUAGACUGCUGGGUCUCGGCGGUGCCGUUGUCAUGCACAAGUUGUUCGACAAUGGUGAAGGUCGAACUACUAUUGCCGGUGGUCAAGGUACCAUGUGGACGACGCUAUUGCAGAUGGGAGAACUUGUGGACACCGCACAUCGAGUCUACGACCCUACUGAAACCAGAAUCUUCAUCACACACGCCUCACCUGCUAGAGAGGGCAUUUUGAACCAGCUCUCCGUUGCCCUCAAGGCAGAUUUCUCCAUUUCUGCCGGCCUGCACUUUCGAUAUGGCAGCUCAUACAACGAGUUUAGCGUUAACCCGACCCUGGAUCACUACCGCGGAAAGCUUGCCGCAUCCAAAGCCUCCUUCAAUGACGUUUGGGAGACUGUCAAGGGUGAGGUUGAGCCGGCCAUCGCGCAGAAUGAGGCUCAGCAGAACCUUCUCAAGAAUGCCUUGCAAAUCGUUGAAAAGAUGCCAACAACAGCAGCCGGUGGUAAUCCGUUUGGUGGCCCCGUGACCGGCCAGGCUGCUUUGGGCCAAGUGGAUGAGAGUGCUUUCAAGAACAUGUGGAAUUUCAACCUUGCUGAUGCUGCAUUUGGCUAUCUCGUAUUGGAAAUCCAGGAUGGACGUAUUGGCACCGAAAUGCGUGCCCAGGGCUUCAACUUUUCCCACCGUGGUGCUAAACAGCAGCCCGGGACCGCUCCUCCUGCUGCUGCCACCAGCACUGCUCCUCCAUCUGCCGCCACCACUGCCCCUACUGUCAGCACUCCUGCACCCCCUGCUGCUACUGCACAACCUGCGGCUCCAGUGCCCAGACAAGCAUCCGGAACACAACAGCCAAAGGGUGCUUCGGCCACCUCACAGGCGUCUGGCCCAGUCAAGCCGGCUACUCCUCAGCCAGGACAGACGUCUGCCAAGUCCGGUGCUACCAAGGACAAUGAAAAGACACCAGCUGCCCCCAACGGAUCUGCGAACGGCCCCGAGCCUGCGUCGUCGCCUGCCCCCAAGGUUCCAGCCUCUGACAUUAUUGGUCUCUUCAUCAUGAAUGUGAGCAGCGAAGAACAGUGCCGCGACUUGUUUGAUGACGCCGACAAGGGCAAGAUUGUGAAGAUUGAGAAAUGGGGCAAUCAGAACAAGGUUGUUCAGUUUAAGACUAGUGAAGAUCGAGACGCGGCCAUGGCUCGAUUGCCGGAGGAGAUAAAGACGCGCACCCAGGAAGACCGAUCCCGACCUCUUGUCAAGAUAUUCCAACACCGGGAGGGCAAGACAUUUAGCACCCGCGGUGGAGCUGGAAACUGGGGUGGUAAUGCUCGAGGCGGUGCUUCGGCUAGUGGAUAUAAAAGCGCAGGCACCGGCAACAGCGACUCGGAGAGCAAUCGACGCGGUGGACGCGGCGGCCGAGGCGGACGAGGAAGUGAUCGGGGACGUGGUGGACGCGGACGCGGAGGCAUGAAGGGCGAAGCUGGUACUUCAUCUCCAGCGGCAGCCCCUUCAACGCCAGCUGAAUGA